CGUCAUCGGCUCAUCGCGCGACUCAUCCGCACGCGCGAACCUUCACCAAACGCGCCAUUGCCCUUCCUUCCUCCUCUUUCCUUCUCCUCCUUAGACAACACAGACAGACAUGCGACGAUGAUGCGCCAGCUCUCUGCUUCCCCAUUGCCGGCCUCCUCGCCGCUAGCUCACGCUCAGCCUCCCCAGCUGCAGCAACCUUCCUCGACGCCGUCCUCGCCCGCGGCCGAAGAACAGCUUCUAGCGCAAUGCCCCCGCGCGCGCAUCGUCAGCUUCACCUCCUCACCGUCCGCGACGGCGUCGUCGUUUAUGUCUCCUCCGUCCAGCAAACAUGUCGUCAGCGAACGAAACGUAGCCCGUGGCUCGUUGAAGAUAUACAGGAUAGCAGCUCACAACAGCACAUUCAUCCAAUGCGGCAGCGCCGUGCACCCGAUACUCAAACGUCUACGAUGCUGGCAAAUCAAAAGAAAUAAAUUCAUUUUGCCCUUGCCGACACCAGGAACUUAUCUCCGCCUCGAAAUUGAAUCAACCGACGACUCUUUACUCCACCUCCUAGAGACAAACCUCGCAAGAAGCUGUCGUCUCCUCCAAAACACCUCCUCCUCGCGCUCCUCAUCCCUCAACACAGCCGAAGCCGACGACGACCACGACGACGACGACGAUGGCGACGGCGAUUACGACAGCGAUACCAAUUGGAUAGAAGCACACCUCGACGGAAAAUUCAUGGACGCAAGCUCAUCGCUGGACGUCAGUGCGUUAUCGCCAAAACGAGCAGCGCCAGUAUCAGUAUCGGCGGCGACGUCGCCUUUGCUUAUGAAGCGGACGGCGGGAGGUGCGAAACAGUGGCAGGAACAACAGCAAGAAGAAGAAGAACGAGAACAGGGUGAAGAUACGGUUGAGGAGGAGGAGGAAAGCAGUGAAAUGGCGGCAGUGUCGAAGGCGUCUUCGGCGGCUAAUAGACGACUUAUUUUUGAGCAGCAACUCUUGUCGUCGCCGCCGCCGCCGCCGCCACCACUGUCAUCAGACAACGCGAACCAGCAGCAGAAGCAAGACGGCGAAGAAAAUGACGAGGAAGAAGAAGAACAGAACGAGGAAGGUGACGGAAUCGCAACGCCCGAAAUCGAGGUCUCGGAUAGUCACCAGAGCGAAUUGCCCUCGCCCUCCUCGCCCGGCCGCGAAUCGCAAUUCUCGUUCGCGACAACAGAGUCUGACGUCUCCUCGCUUGUGUCGUCGACCUCUGCUACGGCUGACGAUGAUGAUAAUGAGAGUGUGUCGUCUUCUAGCACCACCACGCCGUAUUCUACUACCCUGUCUUCUCCUCAGCAGCUGUCGAAGCAGCAGCAGCAACAGCAACAGCAACAGCAACAACAACAGCAGCAGCAGCAACAACAACAGCAGCAGCAACAGCCUACCAAAGACGACGGCUCGACCUCAACAACCUCCACCCCUCUCCACCUCCCGAUCCAAAAACCACAAACAGUAGCCUCACGCACCCACGCCCGCCACAAAUCACACAACUUCACGCCCUCGCCCCCCGCCCGUCUAAAACCCGCCUACGCAGUCGCAGACGACCUCGCGUGGUCCGAUCUUUCGUACGAUUUCAACGAUCUGUCGAUUCAGCCGUACGGGUUUGAGCGGAAUUAUUGGAAGAUGGAGUAUAGCAGUGUCGAGCAGGAUAUGCAGCGGCGGAGGAGUAAUAGUGCUGGUACUGCGGUUGUCCAAGAGGUUGAGACGAGGACGAAGAUGGAGCAGCAGCCGGCGAGGCGGAAAUGGUCGUUUGGUUUAUUUUGAUGGUUUUUUUCUUUCUCUUUUUGGUAUGAUACUCUUUUUGGAUUUAGGAUUUUGUUGUAAUGAUGGGAGA